UGUGUUCCUUAUCAUAUUUCCUCAUUCUAAAAAGUGAUGGAUUUAAGUGAUAAUAGCCAACUGGAGGAUCAAUAUUUCAUAUACAAACAUGAGCAGCUGUUUGGGGAAAGCUUCCCGCUAUUCAAGGAGAUACGAAGACUGGGCAAACUGUGCGAUGUCACGCUGAAGGUUGAAGAUCAAACAUUCUCGGCGCAUCGCGUAGUGCUAGCUGCCACGAUACCAUACUUCUACGCCAUGUUCACCAACAACAUGGCCGAGAGUCGGAUCAAGGAAAUCACCAUGAAGGAGAGUGCCAUCGAGCCCAGUGCCCUGGAGAGCCUCAUCAACUACGUGUACAGUGGCCAGGUGCGCAUCGACAAUCAGAAUGUGCAGAGCCUGAUGGUCGGAGCCUCGUUUCUGCAAUUAUCCAAUGUGCGGGAUGCCUGUGCCAACUUCCUGAUUUCACGUUUCCAUCCCCACAAUGUCCUGGGCAUACGCACCUUUGCCGACUCCAUGAUAUGCCGCCAAUUAAUCGAUGCUGCCGACAAGUACAUCGAUCAGAACUUUGCCAAAGUCUCCCAGUCGGAGGAGUUCCUCACCCUGGACAGCGACCAGCUGCUGGAGCUUAUGCGACGCGACGAGCUGAACGUCCCUACCGAGGAGGUCAUCUUUGAGGCCUCCAUGAAGUGUAAGUACGCCGAGGACAAGCGUUCGGAGUUGUUCCCUCAGGUGCUGGCCGCAGUGCGUCUGCCUCUGCUAUCCCCCCAAUUCCUGGCCGACCGUGUGGCCCGAGAGGAGCUCAUCAAAACCUCGCACCAGUGCCGAGACCUGCUCGACGAGGCCAAAGACUUUCACCUGAUGCCCGAGCGUCGGGGGCUGCUGCAGAGUUUUCGCACUCGCCAGCGAUGUGGAGAAUUCUUUACGGGACAGAUCUAUGCCGUCGGCGGAUUGGCCAGCACCGGGGAGUCCGUGAGCACGGUGGAGAUAUACGAUCCACUCACAAAGAAAUGGAAAAUGGGUGAACAAAUGUCCAUGAUGAGAUCACGCGUGGGCGUGGCCGUUCUUGAGGGUAAACUGUACGCUUUUGGCGGCUUCAAUGGCACUGAGCGCCUCUCCACCGUGGAGGUCUACGAUCCGCGCAAGAACAAAUGGUCUCAAGGCUGUGCCAUGCUCUGCAAACGCAGUGCGGUGGGCGUUGCCGCUCUGGACGAUUGCAUCUAUGUGUGCGGCGGAUAUGAUGGCGUCACCUCCCUCAACACCGUUGAGGUUUACUAUCCCAAAAAUAAUACAUGGAAGACGGUCGCUCAAAUGAUGAAGUAUCGCUCGGCCGGCGGCGUCACCCAGUUGAAUGGGUUUGUCUAUGCUUUGGGCGGACACGAUGGCCUGUCUAUAUUCGAUUCGGUGGAGCGGUAUGAUCAAAACGAAGACUCCUGGGUCAAGAUGUCACCCAUGCUGAACCGUCGUUGCCGCCUGGGCGUAGCCACGCUCAAUGGCAAGAUUUACGUGUGCGGCGGCUACUGUGGCAACUCCUUCCUGCGAUCCGUCGAGUGCUACGAUCCACAGACAGACACCUGGAAACUUGUGACGCCCAUGAACUGCAAGCGUUCGCGAGUCGCAUUGGCCGCCAAUAUGGGCAAACUGUGGGCCAUUGGCGGCUACGAUGGCGAAUCGAAUCUGUCCACGGUGGAAGUGUACGAUCCGGAGACAGACAAAUGGACUUUUAUGCCACCCAUGUGUGCCCACAGCGGCGGCGUCGGGGCGGGAGUUAUACGAAUUGAAUAGCCCCACCGCCCAGCCAAGCUCCGUUUCUCUAGCCACUCUCUUAGGUAGCUUAUGUGAAUUUCAAAUGAUAUAGUCUAGUAUCGAUCUGUUUUGUUGAGUGUAACCAAGCUUUAGUGGGCCGCACCGGCUCAGCUCACCUCACCUCUAGCAGCUAGUAGCAGCUCUACAGCUAACGAAAUUGUUCAUGUCGUGUACGAGUAUUUCUCUGAAAUUGUUUAGUGUUUAUCAUUCCAGUUGUGUAAUUGUUUAGUUCUACUCUUAGCCUUAAAUACUCACUACAUUUUUAGCCGUGUAAUCCCUAACUGAAAUUGCAAUUUUAAAAUAUACCUUCGCAUAGUAUAUGUAUGUUCUCUGAUAAUCCAUUUAUCU